UUAAAAAAUAAUACAGACGACGAGGGAAAACGGAGCUCUUUCCUGCACACGUUUGGUUUGUUGUUAUAAACUUUUCCUUGCUCCGAUUUUUGCCCUUGACCGUUUCCGUCACUGCAAGACAUCAUUCUGCACAGACACGUGGAAAUAAUCCGAAACCAGGAUGAAAUAGUCCAUGGGGGCGAGGUCUAAGUGCAGAUCUGAAUCAGAAAGUUGUCAAGAAUGUGCAAACGCAAGUACCUUGUCUCUGUAGACCUCUAGUACAGUUUAUCUGAAGCUAUGGAUCAAACAAAGAUAAAGGUUGAAAACUGUAAGGGCCUGCGGUCUUCAGAACAGGUAGUACCGCAUUCUGUAUCGCAGCGUCCCUUGCUGGUGAACCCCCCUCCCCCCGAAGUGUCCAACCCCCACAAGCCCGGGCGCCGCACCAACCAGCUCCAGUACAUGCAGAACGUGGUGGUCAAGUCCCUGUGGAAGCACCAGUUUGCAUGGCCCUUUCACAAACCUGUGGAUGCAGUCACUCUUGGGCUACAUGACUAUCACGAGACAAUCACCUCUCCUAUGGAUCUGGGGACCAUAAAGAAGCGUCUAGAAAACAACUAUUACUGGAGCGCUGCUGAGUGCAUGCAAGACCUCAACACCAUGUUCACAAACUGUUACAUUUACAACAAGCCCACAGAUGACAUUGUCCUGAUGGCUCUGGCCUUGGAGAAGAUUUUCUUAAUGAAAGUGGCCCAAAUGCCUGGAGGAGAAGUGGAACUGAAUCCUAAUAAAGUUAAGGCUAGAAAAGGCAGCCAGGAAGGAAAUGGGGCCAAAUCUCCCCCACAACCCACCAUCAAAAAGAAACCCUACAAAAGGAAAGAACUGGCGAAUUUGGCCACAGAUGCCUACCUGCCCGAGGGGAAGAAGAAGAGGGAGAGUAUGGAGCGGGCAGCGCAGGAGGAGGCACAGCUGGGAGGGCAGCUGAGUGAACAGCUCCAGUACUGCGCUGACAUCCUGAAGGAAAUGCUGUCCAAGAAGCACGCUGCCUACGCCUGGCCCUUCCACACCCCCGUGGACGCCCAGGCACUCAAACUACAUGACUACCAUGAUAUUAUCAAGUACCCCAUGGACCUGGGCACUAUCAAGAAAAAGAUGGAUGCCCGGCAGUACCCAGACGCCCAGACCUUUGCAGCAGAUGUCCGUUUAAUCUUUUCCAACUGCUACAAGUACAAUCCUCCAACUCUCGAUGUGGUGGCCAAGGCGAGGAAACUGCAGGGAGUGUUCGAGCAGAGGUUUGCCAAAAUGCCUGAAGAACCAGUCGACUCCAUUUCCACCGUCAGCACUUUCAACUCCAGGACUUCCGAGCGCUCCGUCUCCUCUGAUGAACAGACCAGCAGAGUGGCCGAGCUGCACGAGCAGCUCAAAGCCGUUCACGACCAGCUGUCUGCGCUUUCAGAGGGCCCUGCCAACAAAACCAAACAGAAACUAGACAAGGACCAAACCAGUCAGCUUUUAAGAACUAGCACAGACGAGGACUUGGACUCCAUCCCCAUGACGUACGAGGAGAAGCACGAGCUUAGCCUGGACAUAAACCGUUUACCCGGACUGAAGCUGGGGCGCGUGGUGCAGAUCAUCCAGAAGAGGGAGCCCUCGCUGGGACAGGCUGACCCUGACGAGUUUGAGAUUGACUUUGAGGCUCUUCAGCCCUCCACGCUGCGCAAACUGCAGAGAUACGUGCGCCGCUGCCUCUGCAGUAGGUUGAAGAAGUACCAGAGAGAACCUUCGUCUCAGCCCCCAGACAGCAGCAGCUCCUCUGACUCGUCCAGUGAAGACUCCUGCUCUGAGACCUCUGACAUGUGACCAUCACCCUAUUAUUUUAAUAUUUCAGUCUUCCAGAUGAUAUUUUUAUACUUUUAUUCAAAUCUUUGAAAAUAUUUUGAAUGCAUUUGAGUACUAGUACUUUUCUCAAUCUCGAUUUGAACAUUAUCAUUGUGUCCAAGUUAUCUGAAGUUUCUUUUAGUGAAUCAGUGACGAUGUGGAGAAUCAUAUCAGAAAUAAAAAUGAUUAACCCUGCUGAA